AUGGCCGGGGCCGCCGCGCUCUGGCUUUGCGGCGCCCUGUGGCUGGCCGGCCUGCCGCCGCUGCGCGCCGCGCCGCGCCAGGAGGACACGCUCUACAUGUGGAUCGAUGCUCAUCAAGCCCGGGUCUUGAUAGGAUUUGAAGAGGAUAUUCUGAUUGUUUCGGAGGGAAAGAUGGCCCCUUUCACUCAUGAUUUCCGAAAAGCCCAGCAAAGGAUGCCCGCCAUCCCUGUCAAUAUUCAUGCAAUGAAUUUUACCUGGCAAGCAACCGGCAGGGCUGAAUACUUUUAUGAGUUCCUGACUUUGCGUUCAUUGGAUAAAGGCAUAAUGGCUGACCCAACUGUAAACAUCCCUCUACUUGGAACAGUACCACACAAAGCAUCAGUUGUUCAGGUUGGAUUUCCUUGCCUUGGGAAACAAGAUGGAGUGGCAGCAUUUGAAGUUACAGUGAUCAUAAUGAACUCAGAAGGCAACAUCAUACUUCAGACACCACAGAACGCCAUCUUCUUUAAGACAUGUCAGCAAGCUGAAUGUCCUGGUGGAUGCAGAAAUGGAGGUUUUUGCAAUGAAAAGCAUGUAUGUGAGUGUCCAGAUGGAUUUUACGGGCCUCAUUGUGAAAAAGCUUUGUGCACACCACACUGCAUGAACGGGGGGCUCUGCGUCAUGCCUGGAUUGUGCAUCUGCCCACCUGGCUUCAAUGGCAUCAACUGUGAUAAAGCAAACUGCACAACAACCUGCUUCAAUGGAGGAACAUGCUUUUAUCCUGGAAAAUGUAUUUGUCCUGCAGGAUUUGAGGGGGAUCAGUGUGAAAUUAGCAAAUGCCAUCAGCCAUGUCGAAAUGGAGGUAAAUGUACUGGGAAAAAUAAAUGCAAGUGUUCCAAAGGCUACCAAGGAGAUCUUUGUUCAAAGCCGGUUUGUGAACCUGGUUGUGGAUUAUAUGGGACCUGUACUGAACCCAACAAGUGCCAAUGUCAGGACGGGUGGCAUGGAAGGUAUUGCAAUAAAAGGUACGGAGCCAACCUUGCAAAUGCCCUGAGGCCAACAGGCACCAAGCACAGGCAUCACACACCUUCACCUAAAAGGGCCGAAGAGAGGCAAACUCCACCCGAAUCCAAUUAUAUCUGGUGAACUCCAACAUCUGAAACGUUUUAGGUUACACAAAGUUCAUCGCCUUCAUUAACCUUUCAUGUGUUGAAUGUUAAAACGCUGUUCAUUACAUUUUAAGAUUACUGGCCUGAAUUUUACUAGCUUCGUUAUAAACCACUGAGUUGAUAGUUGCUAUUCCUUUUUAAGUUUUACUUCUCCUAGCACAGUUAUAUAGGCUUCUUCUUUUCAGUGCUUUUGCCCAGUUUCUUUUUGUACUUUAUUUCAACUCUUCACCAAGUUAAAUUCUUCUGCAAUUUAUUUCUUGGAACAAAUUGACAA